AUGAAGAAAUGGAUGGAGGAGAAGGAAGAGAUGAAAAAGCAUAUAGAAAGGUUAGAGAAGAAAAUGGAGGAGAUGCAGGCAAGGAAGCAAGGAACGAAUGAGAAUGGAGGAGAAGCAAAUGAGGAGGUGAAGAGGCUAGAGAAGAAGAUGAGAGGUAUAGAGAUAAGAAUAGAAAGGGAAGAGAGAGAGAAGAGAAGGAAGAAUAUAGUAAUAAGAGGGAUAAGAGGCGGAAAAGAGAAGGUAGAGACGGAGAUUAGGAAAUUAAUGAAAGAGAAUGGAGUAAAAGAGGAAGGACUAGAAAUCAAGACGAUAGAGGAUGGAAAGGAAGGAGAAGUAAAAUUAGCGGUGGUAAAGAUGGAAGAUUUGGAGGAGAAGAAGAGAUCGAUGAGAGAAAGAAGAAAGUUAGGAGAAAAAGGAGUGAGAAUCGAAGACGAUUUAACGUGGGAGCAGAGAAGGAUGAAGUGGAAAAUGGAAGAAGCAGCAAGAAACGAAAGAGAAAAUGGCAAAAGAGUGUGGCUGAGAUAUGGACGGAUUCAGAUAGAGGGGAAGUGGUGGAGGUGGGAUGAGGAGGAAGAAGUAUUAAAGGAUGAAGAAGGGAGGAUAUGGAAAGAGAAGGAGACGAAUAGAUGGGGUUUGAGUAACAAGGAUAGAGAAUUCUGGAGAGACCUGGAGAAAUGGGAUGCAAUAGUAAUGAUGGAGACGUGGGUGGAGGAAAAAGGAUGGCGAAAGGUGAGAGAUAGGCUUCCAGAGGGAUUCAUAUGGAGAAUGCAGGCGGCAGUAAAGAAGAAUAAGAAGGGAAGGGCAGCAGGAGGAAUGAUGAUAGGUAUAAGAAAGGAGGUAGCAAUAACGGAUACGGAGAGAGAGGAAGAGUCAGAGGGAGUCAUGAUAGGUAAGGUAAAAUUGGAUAAGAAGAUAAUUAGAGUGGUAGGAGCAUACGUAAAUGGAGACAUGGAGAGGAAGCUAAGUAUACUGGAAGGAUGGAUGGAGCAAAAGGAAGAGGGAAGGUGUUCGAAGGAUAAGAAGAUAAAUAAGGAAGGAAAGAAGCUGAUUCAAAGUAUAAAGGAAAGAGGAUGGUAUAUUUUAAAUGGAGGAGAGAGAGGAGACUGGGAAGGAAACUGGACAUACUCAGGAGGAAUAGGCGAAUCAGUCAUCGAUUACGUGAUAGUGGAACAAGAAUCGGAGGAAGAAAUAGAGAGAAUGGAAAUAGUAGACAAGAUUGACUCGGACCACCAGCCAAUAGUAGCAUGGCUGAAGGGACAUAAGAAUAAGGAGGCGAGAAGAAAGAGGACAGAAAGAGAGGGAGGAAGAGGAAUAUGGGACGAGGAGGGGAGAGAACCAUUUAGAGAUAAACUAGGAGAAAUAGGAACAGGAGGAGGAUUGGACGAGGAAAUAGAUGGAAUGGAAGGAAGAAUUAGAGAAGCGAUGGAGAAAGUAGAAGGGGAGAGGGAGACGGGAAGAAGAAAAAGGAGAGGAUGGUGGGAUGAAGAAUGCAAGGAAGUGAAAGGGACGGCGAGGAAAGCGUUAAAAGAGUGGCUGAGAGGAAAAGGCGAGAGGCAGGAAUACAGAAGAAAAAGGAAGGAAUACAAGGAGUUAUGUGAGAGGAAAAAGGAAGAAGAGAACAAAAACUGGAGAAAGAGGCGGAAGAAGCGCACACGGAGGAAAUGGUAUGGAGGGUGGUGA